GGUCAACGUAACGCGCGGUACUGUCGCUUUUGGUGCUGCUUGCAGCACGAGCACGGCUGACUACGGCGGCCGCGGGGGGCAUUAAAAUUAUCAGAGGCUAUGGCCAGCAAUAUGAAGAAGACUAUGGAAUUUUCAUCUAGAGGAUAUUACCCGGGAUUUUGGCUGCGGUAGACAGUAAAUCAUUACUUUUACUGGAAUCUUGGUUCCUGACAUUGGUACUAAAGUCGAUUACUUAUCGGAGACUUGAUUUUAGAAGUCAAUGGUAAAAACCUAAAUGGUGUAACUAACGAAAGAGCUGUUGGCAUACUGCGAAUGGCAUCAGCAACAAGUCACGUGUCCUUACUUGUUGCGAGGGACGAAGAAGCAAAGAAAGAAUUUCUAGACCUGAUGGAGAGGUGCAGCUCCCAUAGUAACACAAGCUCUGCAAGAAAUUCCCCAACACAGCUGCUAGCUGGCAAAGCUGCCGAUGGCUCCUCUUCAGGAUCGUCUUCCAGGUCACCAAGCCCUCAGCUGCUACAUCCAAUAGGCAUGAUUACAAAGCACCACGGAAAGAACUCCACAGCAACUUCCCUUCCAGCAUCUGCAAAUGACAGCAUGUUUCAGAUUAUCACCGUUUCCAAGGGAACAGGCCUCGGCUUGAACAUUGUAGGAGGCACGAACAGGAGUGAAGGCCCCUUGGUGUACGUUCUGGAAGUUAUUCCUGGAGGUGAUUGUCAUAAGGAUGGUCGACUGAGAGCCGGCGACCAGCUUGUAUCCAUUAACAAGGAAACAUUGAUUGGAGUCACCUAUGAAGAGGCAAAAAGUUUAAUAAACAGAACAAAACUGAGAUCAAAUUCUUGGGAGAUCAGUUUCAUUCGACAUGAAACUGCUUCCAGUCAAGCAGAAAGUAUGCAGCCCUGCUCUAGUCUGAUAGCUCCGGCUGCGUGCACACAGCCGCCUUCUCCAUCAGCGCUUCGUCAAGCUUUGUCUCCUAACGAGAACUUUGUUUCAAAGCUGUCCAUUCAGAAUGUGACAAAAGCAGGAUUCAAGAAGAGAGAACAAUCUUCAACAUUUACCGAAAACAACAAUACCUCUGAUGUGUCUGUUGGGGCUGUUGGCCCCACCUGGAGUGAUGAUUAUGGACCACAAAGAAGGAAGAUUUCUCUAAACCCCACAGUUCGUCUCAAAGCAGAUAAAUUAGAGAUGGCUCUGAAUUUUCUUGGGAUUCAACCCACAAAAGAACAACAGGAGAUCCUAAGACAACAGCUGCCAAAGGAUUCUAAGGGAACAGUGGCUUUUGGAGAUUUUGUUCAGGUGGCAAAAACUCUAUUCUGUUUGCAGCUGGAUGGGGCAGGUGAGACCCAAGGACCUACAGGGUUUACUACUGAGGAAGUUGCCACGUUACUAGAUUCCCAGUUUGUAUCCUGUGCUUCUCCCGAAAGAGAUGAGAUGGAAGAACUUAGGAACGAAAGAAAUGAAGCAUUGAAAGAAAUACGUAAAUUGAAGGAAGAAUUGGCAGAGUCAGAGCGUGUGAGAAAGCAACUAGCUGAAGAGCUGCAUACUACCAAACAGGAAGCCAAGGCAUCUGUGGAGGAGACGAGAGCCCUACGAAGCCGAAUCCAUCUUGCAGAAGCUGCACAAAAGCAAGCACAUGGAAUAGAAAUGGACUACGAGGAAGUAAUCCACCUGUUAGAGGUAGAGAUCGCUGAGAUGAAGGCUCAGCUCGCCGAUCAUUGUGGCCAAAAUAAAGACAGCAUCCAAGACUUAAGGAAGAGGAUAACUGUGCUGGACUGCCAGUUGAGAAAAUCUGAAACAGCCAAGAAAGGAUUUGAGGUGGCAACUGAAAAGUUACUGCGGUUUGUUGAGGUUCUACCUGAACUGCUGUCAGAUAACUCCACUUCCCUGACCAAUCUAAGUGAUAGAAAAGCCACCUUCUCUUCCAAAACACUCCUUGCCCGGCUAGGAAGGAAUGGCCGCACAGUCACAGCAUCCGUUGCAGCAGAGGCAAAAGAACUCACUCGAUCUGUCCGCGCCAUUCUGGAGGCAGAUUGUCUGCCUUAUGGAUGGGAAGAAGCAUACACCGCAGAUGGAAUCAAAUACUUCAUCAAUCAUGUGACACAGACUACAUCCUGGAUCCAUCCUGUCACCAAUGUCCUUGCCUUGUCACCCUCUGAAGAGAAUGAGGACAAUGGCUUCAGAGAGCUCCCGGAUCCCAAAAGCUGAGAGCGUUGCCCAUGGGUGGAAGACGGGCGCCAGUUUGCUUCAGCCCAGUGGUUGAAAGAUGGCCCACUUGAAGAGUCUAGUGUUGGUGAAAUAAUUAGAGGCUACUGGUUGGUCCUGAGCUCCCAGACUAAAUAACCUCCCUCACAGUAUCCGUCUGUUAUGAAUGGCUUUUUUCUGGCAAGUGAUUUGAGCCCAGCCUCGCAGACCGAGCACUCGUGUGGAUGUGCAUUGCACCUGCAGCGUUGCUGGUUCAUCUGCUUUAGGAAACAGAAACUGACACACCUGCCUCUGCCCUUCGUAUCCGUUGGACCUUUGCACAUCUCUAAGCCUGUAGGCUUGAAAGCCAAUCUGCCCAUCCCAUUGUGCUUUAGAGGAGGGGUGGGCAACUUGCAGCCCUCCAGAUGUUGUGGCCUACAACUCACAUCAUCCUGCUGCAUCACUGGCUAUGCUGACUGUGGCUAAGGGGAGUUGUGGCCCUCCAGUUUUUUCACCUACGAAUCGCCCACCCUUGCUCUAGAGCACUGUCCCCAACCUGGGUCUCCCCAGAUGGUUUGGACACCUCCCAUCCUCUCUGACCACUGGCCUUGCUGCUGAGGCAGAUGGGGGCUGUAGUCUAGAGUGCCUAGAAGGACCCAAGGAGAGGCAGAAAAGAGCACCCAAACUGGCGCUGUGGAGACAGAAGCAGAGAGCAGAUUUACUUCCACUGCCUAAUAGUGCUUGUUCCACCACCUUCCUUUCUCCCAUAUAAGUGAACGGAUCUCAUUCUGGCAGGAUAACCUGUGAGCCUGAGAAGUGUGUCAGCUGCAGCACUCAUAAGUGAAUGCACGGCAUUUGUUGGCAACAUCACAGUAUGACCAAAAAUUGCCCAGGCUUUUGUGACAGGGGUCUGUUAAAGAGGCUUAUUCUACAGGGGUCCUUGCAAUAUAAUUUUCCUUUCACCCCUACUCUAUUUGUGAUAGUUGCAGUCAUCUUGCGAGGGGAAGGGACAAAUUCCAUGUACUUGAAGUAACUGGUGGGCUGUUUUUUGAGCAACAGAGAGCCAAAGGCUUGCCUGCACUACAAACAGAAGUGAUGUUACUGAGUGGUUACUGUUUGCUCCUCUCCAGGGAUCCAAGGAGAGCUGUCGGUCUGUGAGGGUCAGAGAUCUUUUGACAGGGAAUUCUCAGCCAGAUCCCAGACGAGCCACGAAAGCUAAACAGGUUUAAAGCAGAGCAAAUUGCAUUGCCCCUAAAGAUUUAGACCUCACCAGCAUCAUGAUUACGGCUUUAUUUGGAAACUUUCUGGUAAAGGAGACAAGAGCAGUACAGACAGGGCUUAUUCUGGCAAGUGAUUGAUGUAUUUUCCCCAGCCCAAUUGUUCAGUUUCAUAGCCUUUCUAACGAAUAAUUAGGUCAACACUUUUAUCCUACUGAUGGUCAUAGUUACAAUCUUGGCCUUCAUCCAGUAGCAUUUCAGCAACCUGGAGUUGCUUCUCUUUCUUUCUCUACUAAUUAAUGGUUUUUGAGAAAUAGGUUGCUAUGUCCAUUGUGCAUCUCCUUUAUCCUAGCAUUGCUUAGCUGGUCAGCUAAGCUGCCAUUUUUUACUUGCCAUGUUAUGUUGCUGGUGUGUGUGUGUGUGUGUAAAUGUACACACAGAGAGCGGUUAAAUGCAUGUUUUUCUAAUCCUGCUUUACUUUCUGCUUUCAGUCACAAGGUAAAUUUCAUAUGCAGAGAACUGUAAAUAGAAAAUGUAGAUUGAGCAUAUAAUGCCUUUUAAAGUUUGUAGAAAGCAUAAGAGAAUAACGUUCUUACACAUUUUUAUAACAAAGUACAUUGACCUAACCUUUACCUUGAACUCUUGAAUCUUCUGUGUAGUUCAUUUUUAUUGUACUCCCAUUUGCAGGCUCUCUUCCUCCCUCCCACCCCAGCUUCCUGCACAUAAUAGGCUGCAGAAAAAAUGUAUUAUCCUUACAUUCAGCCACGUUAUGUGAAUAAAUGAGGUUUGUCCACAUUUUGGAAA